AGGGGGGCUCGAUCGGCGGGGGCUGCAAGGAGGGUCAGACGAAGACUAUCCUCCGUGAACAGGCCAUCUGCGCCGAGCUCGGCCUGAGGGUCCGCUGAAGCCCUAACCGGGGGGCUCGGAGAGGAUUUUAACCCGGCAUUGUUUGUGGAUGACGGUAAAGGGAGUGGAGUCGCUUUUCCAGCCUUUCUUCGCCGUGGCGCCGCAUUAGCAGCAUCUGUCGGGGCUUUUUCUCCAGAGCGGGUUAACGCUCCUUUUCUGCUGGAUACAGGAAACACCGACCAGAUCUAAGCGAGAUUAGACCGGCUUGAGGAGGCUGCAGGGCGGCCAGAAAGCCACGGAUUGCCCCGUUGACAGGUUGUCAUCAUGGGCAACGCGCCCACGGCCAGAAAGGGCAGCGAGAUGGAAAGCGUCAAGGAGUUCCUUGCUAAAGCCAAAGAAGAUUUCCUCAAGAAAUGGGAGAAUCCUUCACAGAACACUGCUAGCCUGGAGCAGUUUGAGAGGUUGAAAACUUUGGGCACGGGCUCAUUUGGCCGCGUUAUGCUGGUGAAGCACAGAGAAACGGGGCAGCAUUACGCCAUGAAGAUCCUCAAUAAGCAGAAGGUGGUGAAGCUUAAGCAGAUCGAGCACACCCUAAACGAGAAGAGGAUCCUCCAGGCUGUCAGCUUUCCUUUUCUUGUGCGGUUAGAGUAUUCAUUCAAGGACAACACCAACCUUUACAUGGUUAUGGAAUAUGUUCCGGGUGGAGAGAUGUUCUCCCACCUACGAAGGAUUGGCAGAUUCAGUGAGCCGCAUGCUCGGUUCUACGCUGCUCAGAUCGUGUUGACCUUUGAGUACCUGCAUGCUUUGGACCUGAUCUACAGAGACUUGAAACCUGAAAACCUGCUUAUAGACCAACAGGGCUACAUACAGGUUACAGAUUUUGGCUUUGCCAAACGAGUAAAGGGCCGGACCUGGACACUGUGUGGCACCCCGGAAUAUCUGGCUCCAGAGAUUAUUCUCAGCAAGGGAUACAACAAGGCGGUGGACUGGUGGGCGCUGGGUGUUCUGGUCUAUGAGAUGGCAGCGGGGUAUCCUCCUUUCUUUGCCGAUCAGCCAAUUCAAAUUUAUGAAAAGAUUGUAUCAGGGAAGGUGCGUUUCCCAUCUCACUUCAGCUCAGAUCUGAAGGACCUGCUGAGGAACCUUUUACAGGUGGAUCUCACGAAACGCUUUGGGAACCUCAAAAAUGGAGUCAAUGACAUCAAAGGGCAUAAGUGGUUUGCCACAACUGACUGGAUUGCCAUCUACCAGAAAAAGGUGGAAGCUCCCUUUGUUCCAAAGUUCAAAGGACCAGGCGAUACCAGCAACUUUGACGACUAUGAAGAGGAGGAGAUCCGCGUCUCCUUCACUGAGAAAUGUGCCAAGGAGUUUGCUGAAUUCUAGAGUUAGAGAGGAAGAAAGAAGGAAAUAGGGAAAGUCUAAGGUAGGCUGGUUCACAAGGGAGACACAAGAAAAGUGUACUGUCUCCUGUCCAAAUAUAAGCACCAGCUACAAAAAAGAGAAAAAUCCAAUAGAGGUGUGAAAAAGAGAGAGGAGACUGAUAACCAGCAGUGUUGCCUUUUCUGUUGUGUUUCUGUUGUAUUUUAUUUAUUGUCGUCUUAUUUAUGAAUCCCUUUAUAAUGACGCUGUGUUUCAUGGGUGUCGGGAACGCCACUAACUUAGAGUUGCCUCUGUUCAUUUUCAUCCGAGAUCUUCCCUGCUCUGCAUUCAUUUCUGUUCUGUUUAUUUCUGUGCCACAGCAAAGAAACAUCAUCCAAUCAGUCCGCUGGUCAUUACUUGAGUGCGCACUUAAGAUACCAUCAGCUUAAACUGAUAACAAGCUGAAUUGAGAAUAAAACACCACACGUUAAGAUAAGUGCCCCUAUGUUAUACUUUAUCUUGAUUUCUCCUGACCUUGUCAUAGAUAAAAUACUUCAAAGGCACGAGGGGCCAAAAGAAAGAUGUAACAAAAAGUCAGGUACGUCUAUCGUAUAAGUCCAUCUAUGGCUCUUAUUAUUGUUAAUAUAUACAGACUUUGUACAUAUCUGCAGUACUCCAUUUUUAAAUGUUAGUUGGUACUUGGUGGCUCCAGUGAAAUCAUAUCCCGCUAACACACAAUGAAAUAUGAAUAAAAAGAAUGGAUUUCUCUCAGUUUUAAUGGUGUUGUGAGAAAAACACCAACCGCAUAACGGAAACUCAGGUUUGAACAUAUCACUUAACAGACAUUUAUCUCCGUGAAGCCUAAGGAUCAGCAGGUAAAUCUUGCAGUAUAGAUUUGGGAAUUUGAAGUUCUUGUUUAAAAACAUUUUAAAAGCAACAAAAAAGGGACUUUUUAGAGUUUUAGUUGGCGUCUUCCACACUUAUCCCUUCCAGACGAUUUGGUCAGUUUUGAUAAAAGCAUUUCAUGUUUCAGCUCAGAGCUCAUUUACCACACAGGAUUAUUCUGCUUAUUGAAACAACCGCUUGGGCCCCUGAGUUUGACUUUUAGAGACCAUGUGAGGCUGAAGACCUCAGACUGCUUCUGGCAGAAGGUCAUCAGCGCUUCAAUCUGUACGGAUGGCGGUUGGGAUCGUAUGCUUUACUUUGACUAUCACUGUUUUUUCAUUUCCCAAAGGAGGACCACGCAGCUCAUCAUUUUUGUGUUUAGAACAUGCACUAUUUUUGCUAAGUUUCUUUUUAUUUGCAUAUGUAUUCUUGAUCUAAAAUGAUUUGUACUCUGUUUAACAAGUUUACCAGGAAGUGAAUAUACAGCAGGGGAAACUAGUAUUGAACACGUUUACUCAAUACAUUUGUUUCCAAUGAGGGUAUUGACAUAAUAUUCUCACAAGAUGCUGGUAACAACCCAAAUUAUCCACACAUACAAAGAAAUCAAAACAAUUUAGUGUAUAAAUCAGGUUAGAUGUUAUAAAUUUGAAAUUUAUUAAAUACAAGAAUAGCUUUAGUUAGCAAUGACAGCUUUAAGACGUCAAAUCUCUGUAGAAACUAGCCACAUUUUUUAAGUGUCAUUUUGACCAAUUUCUUGAUACAAACUGUCUACAGACCUUCUCGCGGGCCUCUUCUCUGGACUCUGAUCACCAGGUAUUUCCAUAGUUUUGCAAUUAAAUUCAAGUUGGAUGACUGACUGGGCCAUUCUAGUAGCUUUUCUUCUCUCUUCUGGUUUCUUUCUGUAACACCAGAUCAGCGUUUCCAUUACUAUGUUUUUGGGUUCAGUGUCUUGCUGAAACAUCCACUCAUUUAAUUUUCAGAUGCUUAAGCUGCUGUCAUACUGUUUCAUGUCUUGUCUUGUAUGCUGGCAUUUUAAAAACCACCUGUUAAAUGAGACUGAACUUGAGGAAAUUGAGGAUACAUUGUGGAUUUUUAAGUUGUCAGGUUGUGUUUAGCUUAGUCUGUCUAUACUGGAGAGCAAAGGGUUGGAUUUCACUGUGUUCUACAGCGUCGUGACCAGGGAUAUUACUUUGUCAUAACAUCAUACUCUUGUUUUAUUUUUUCAUGAGAAGGAUCAACAGACCCUCUAGAAUUAAAUGUCAGUGCCCCUAAUUGGUCAAAUAAGUCAGUCAGUCAGUCAUUUUCUACUGCUUAUUCCAUAGUGGGUCGCGG